AUGACUCUGCAAUUCGUAUUUCUGUUGUGUAUGACAUGCCUGACAAUUCCAUAUGUCUGGUGCUGUCCAGCAGAACAGAGAGAGGCACUUGCAGAGUUUUCAACUAUAAUCGGAACUACUCUAUACACUUUCCAGUCAUGGGUUGGACUCAAUUGCUGCAACUGGGAAGGAGUUUCUUGUGACCGGUCUUUAUCAGUUGUUUCUUUGGACUUCGCUAGUGGUGUUCCAUUGCCUGUGCCUCUGACUGUCAAUGCCACUUCAGCCUGUCUCUUGCCUCUUUCCCGCAUAUCCACUCUUGAAAGUAUCGAUGUCUCAUCCAAUUCCUUGUCUGGGUCUAUACCAUUUCAGCUCACCUCUCUGAGUAAACUCCGUUACUUGGAUCUAAGCAGUAAUAGUCUUGAAGGUGGGAUUCCUCCCCAAAUAGUUGGUUUAACCCAUUUGGAAGUUCUCAAGAUGAAUGAGAACGAACUGUCGGGCAGAAUUCCCCUGUCUAUCAGGAACAUGACCAGUCUGAAAAUGAUCUUUUUGGGUCAGAACAAGCUUAGAGGCCCCAUUCCGGUGACAGUGACAGAUCUGAAGGAAUUGGAGUGUCUGGACUUGGGCGACAAUUCUCUAGAGUCUGAGAUCCCGAAUGAUAUUGGAAGGCUCCGGAAAUUGAAGAAUCCGACACUUUCAGAUAAUGCCCUGAAUGGCAGCAUUCCUGAAUCCAUUCGAAGCUUGGAGGGACUGCAGGAGCUGAAAUUGGGGGGUAAUUCUCUGCAAGGCCUGAUUCCCCAAUGGAUCGGAGAGAUGGAGUCCUUAAGCUCGUUGGAUGUGGGGAAAAACAAUCUGAUUUGGACCUCUGCAAUCAGAGAACCCAAAUUCCGGCUUUCCAGUCUUUCACUGAGUGGGUGCAGAAUUGAGGGGUUAAUUCCUGAGUGGUUAUCCGCCCAAAUUGAUUUGAUUUUUCUGGACCUGAGCAAUAAUAACUUGACUGGCCAUCUUCCAUCUUGGCUGCCGGGAUUGAUCAAUCUGGGCGCUCUCAUUCUUUCAAGUAACAAUCUGAGCGGUCCCCUGCUUCCAUCCCUGUUUCACUCAAAAGGGCUUUCUAUUGUGGACCUGUCAAGCAAUGCCCUAGAUGGCCGCAUACCAGAAGACAUAGGUAAAGCCAGGAAUAUCAUGAUUUUAUCCCUGUCGAAUAACAGAUUUGAGGGCCCUGUACCCAUGUCAAUUGCCCGGAUACACCGUCUGCUCAUGCUAGAUCUCUCUGUCAAUAAUCUCAGUGGGGAUUCCUUUCCACCAUUAAGCGGCUGUAUUUUCCUGGCCUAUGUUGACAUGAGCAGCAACAAGUUAUCCGGGAGAGUUCCAACAGACAUUGGUACAGGACUCAAAGUACUUGCCCUAGGAGACAACCUUUUCACAGGGGAAAUCCCUUGGGAACUUCAGCUGAUUUCAGAGCUGGAGCACCUGGACUUGCGGCAAAAUCUUCUCAGCGGUCACAUUCCCAAAUGGGUCACAAACAUGACAAGCUUGAAGGCGCUCAAUCUCAGAUCUAACCGUCUCCAAGGCACAAUCCCUCAAGGCCUUUCUCAUCUGAAAAGCCUCAGGAUUCUGGACUUAUCAGGUAAUCAACUAUGGGGAAAUAUUCCUCCUGAACUCUGUAAAAUAGAUGGAAUGAAGCAGAAUGCCACUGGAGAAUCGUCUGGUCCCAAUAUUCUUUCUGCCUUUACUUUUAAUAUACCCAUGUUUGAUGUGAAUGUAAACUAUAAGGGCGCAUACAGGGGCCUGAUAAAUAAGUAUGUGGAUUUGUAUCGUCUCCUAGACUUGUCUCAUAACAGUUUACAUGGGCAGAUACCAUUGGAAAUAGGUAAGCUGCAACUUCUUCACACAUUCAAUCUGUCAUGGAACGAAUUAAGUGGGCAGAUUCCUCCCAGCGUGGGGAACAUGAAUGUUGUGGAAGUGUUAGAUCUGUCUCACAAUCAACUCAGUGGAAGGAUCCCCCCUCCUCUUGCAUCUCUUACUAAGCUGAGUAAUUUUGAUGUGAGCAAUAAUAAACUCAGUGGACAGAUUCCACAAAGCACUCAGUUUUCUGGGUUUUCCGAGCUCAGAUUUGCUAAUAACAGCGGGCUCUGUGGUUUACCACUGUCAAUUAGUUGUGGGUCACCUUCUAAUCCAAAGAAUUCUUCCCAGGAAGAAGAGGAAGAGAGUGAUGAAGGCUUAGUUUCAUGGAUUGCGGUUGCCACAGGGUUCUGCUUGGGACUUGUGGUGACUCUUGUUUACAUCUUUGUAUUUGGAAAAUGCUCCUACCCACUCACAUCUACUAAGAGUCGCCCUACUCUGGAUAGAAAUGCAUUUUAG